GGUCCGUAUGGCGUUGGUUUGCAUUCCCGUCGUAAGUUAAAGGGGAACUUUCACAAUGGCCAGAGCCCUUGACGUCCUGCAAAUGAAGGAGGACGAUGUCCUCAAAUUCCUUGCAGCAGCAACCCACGCAGGUGGUGCCAACCUUGACUUCAAAUUGGCACAAUACGUCUACAAAAGAAGUGAUGGUAUCUGCAUCAUAAAUCCGAAGAGAACCCGGGAGAAGCUUCUGCCAGCACCUCGAGCCACUGUUGUCAUUGAAAACCCAGCUGAUGUCAGUGUCCUAUCAUCCAGGAAUACUGGCCAGCAAGGUGUGCUGAAGUUUGCUGCUACAACUGGAGCCUCUACUACUGCUGGUAACUUCACUUCUGGAACCUUCACUAACCAGAUCCAGGCAGCCUUCUGGGAGCCGAAACCUCUGGAGUUUACUGGUCCUGGGGCUGACCACCAGCCUCUCACAGAGGCGUCUUAUGGUAAGCUGCCCACCAACACUCCGCCAUUGCCACCCACUGCAACAGCAAGGGAGCUCGUUCAGUGCGUCCGAUGUGGUGGCUGCUGGCCUGGGACGUUCUGUGCAUGCGUGACACCGUUUCCCGUGAGCCUGCAGGGGAGGUCAUGCCUGAUCUCGACGUCUAGAAAGAUCCUGAGGGGACGGAAAAAGGAAGAGAAGGCUGCUGCUGAAAAGGCUGUGACCGAGGAAGAAUUUCAGGGUGAAUGGAUGGCUCCAACUCCUGAGUUCAUCGCUACCCAACCUGAAGUCACAGACUUAUUCAGCAGAACCCGACUGAAGACUGGAGCCCUCGGCCUGCCGUCGAAGGCUGGUCUGCAGCUCCCACUGCUCAGGCCACUGAAUGGGUACGAACAACCGCUGAGUGGUCUCAAGCGGCUCUCCCACAAGGGCAAACAAAAUGGAAGUAACGAUGACGGAAAAUCAACAGUCGCUCACAAAACAAUUCUUUCACACAACUGUGACUCCUUACGCCUUGGUCCGUACAGUCUUUCAAUUGACCGUUCACUGUUAACUGUGAUCAUACUCCCACUUCUUUCAUUUGAGAAACACUGCACUAGAUAA